AGGCAGUCCCUGGCCAGGUGGCCGGGGGUGGGGACUCGGCGCCAAAGGUUCGAAGGGGCGGGGCCGAGGUGCGCGCUCGGGCCCCAGGGCGUGGCUUCUCUCAGGUGCGCUCAACGGCUCGGGUUUCAGUGAAACUGAUCCGAACUUGAGGAAGCGCGCGCAGAGUCUCUGAUUAGAGGCAAGUGAAAUAGGGGCUUUUUCAGGGUGUAUCGAGUGUGACACAGAGUUUCAAAUCAGUAGCGGCGGAUUCCCCGCCCGGCGUCGGAGCUGCAGGAAGGAUGCGAAGUCGAAGCCUGAUGUGGCUGCUGGGGGGCGCCAUCCUGCUGGCGGCCUCUGCCUCCUGCAGUCAGACCACCCGAGGAUCCAAUAGAACCUCUAAAGGAAGAAGUCUUAUUGGGAAGCCUAAUAAGCCCCCUUCAGUCACUGGAAAAGGAGUUACCGUGGUACCAGACUUCUCUGUGGAUGAGUUUUCCACAUCCCUCCUCACUGGAAAGCUCACUACUGUCUUUCUUCCAAUUGUCUUCACAAUUGUAUUUGUGGUUGGUUUACCAAGUAAUGGCAUAGCCCUAUGGGUCUUUCUCUUCCGAACAAAGAAGAAGCACCCUGCUGUGAUUUACAUGGCCAAUCUGGCCGUGGCAGACCUCCUCUCUGUUAUUUGGUUUCCCCUGAAGAUUGCCUACCACAUACAUGGCAACAACUGGAUCUAUGGGGAAUCUCUUUGCAAGGUGCUCAUUGGCUUUUUCUAUGGCAAUAUGUACUGUUCCAUUCUCUUCAUGACCUGCCUCAGUGUGCAAAGGUAUUGGGUCAUCGUGAACCCCAUGGUACACACCAAGAAGAGUGCAAACAUUGCUAUUGGUGUCUCCCUGGGAAUAUGGCUGCUGAUAUUGCUGGUCACUAUCCCCUUGUAUGUCAUGAAGCAGACCAUCUACAUCCCAGCCCUUAACAUCACGACCUGUCAUGACGUUUUGCCUGAGCAGGUGUUGGUGGGGGACAUGUUCAAUUACUUCCUCUCUCUAGCCAUUGGAGUCUUUAUGUUCCCAGCCUUCCUCACAGCCUCUGCCUAUGUGCUCAUGAUCAGAACGCUCCAAUCUUCUGCCAUGGAUGAACACUCGGAAAAGAAAAGGAAGAGGGCCAUCAAACUCAUUGUCACUGUCCUGGCCAUGUACUUGAUCUGCUUCACUCCCAGUAACCUUCUGCUCGUGGUGCAUUAUUUCCUGAUUAAAAGCCAAGGCCAGAGCCAUGUCUAUGCGCUGUACAUUGUAGCCCUCUGUCUGUCCACCCUCAACAGCUGCAUUGACCCUUUUGUCUAUUACUUUGUUUCACAAGAUUUCAGGGAUCAUGUGAAGAAUGCUCUCCUUUGUCGCAGUGUCCGCACUGUGAAGCGAAUGCAAGUAUCCCUCACCUCCAAGAAAUUCUCCAGGAAAUCCAGCUCUUAUUCUUCAAGUUCAACAAGUGUUAAAACUUCCUAUUGAGUUUGCCAGCUCUACAGAUGGAGUUUUACAGGAGCUGAGGAGCCUGCUUACUGAUGUGGGGAGGUGGCUGUUAUUUCUUAAACAAGCAGGGCUUAGCACAGGCCAUUGUCUGUGUAGCUUCUCCCAGGAUUGCUUGAAGCUUCCUUGUUUGCAUGAGAAAAGCCUCCCACAUUAACAUAAAUGUGUGGCAGAAUUCUCCUACUCAAAUAUCCUAAAAACUGAACUAACAGAGCAAGAUGCAGAAGAUAGUGGAAAGACAGGAACCCAGUUACCUGCAAAAACUGCACCUGGUGUGAAGGCUAGGUUUCUAUCUGAAACUAUUUCUUCUACAAACUGAAACUAUUUCUUCUGCAUUUGGGGUCCAUCUUAGCCUUGUUAGGGCUUGAGGGCCUUCAGAGAGCAUCAGUCUGAUUGACUUUGCAAACUUAACAAGGUAAACGAGCUGGUUGGAGUCUGAUUUCCAACCAAUAGUGAGCAGUGAGCUUGGGUUGGGCGAUAGAAUUCAAAUGUUCAGGGAGCAGCAUUCUUGUGCACUUCAUUAAAAUCACUGGGGAUCUUAUUAAAAGUAUAAGUUCCUCAGUUUUCAUGACAAGAGCUCAGGAAACAGGGAAUAGGGACAUUUUAUAAACAUUGUAACAUUUUUGCACUUGAAUGUGACAAUUACUGAACUGAGCUUUGCUACCACUUGACAAGGUGCCAAAAUAGUUUCUAAAA